GAGGGGAAGCUUGGCGAUUGAGAUUCGUACCAAACCCUCGUGUAAAUAUUUAAGAUCCCAGGAACCUGGACUUCUUGUCUCGGAUAUUUGUUAAAAACAUCAGAAUUCUGCUGUACUGUUGAUCUCUCAUAGCAGAACCGUUCAAGAUGUCUUCACCCAACUCUGAUACCGAAAAGCCCACUGCGAGCACUAUUGAAAAUGGAACUCGCGCCUCGCUACGAUCGGUCCCCAGCAAAACAGAUGUCGAACACAUUCCGGGGGUCUCGAGAGAGACGGAGAAUAAACUCCUGCGGAAGCUGGACCUUCGGCUGAUUCCUAUGCUUGCCCUUCUGUAUCUCCUCGCUUUCCUGGAUCGUGGCAAUAUCGGCAAUGCCAAGAUUGAAGGCAUGCUGGAUGAUUUGCACAUGACUGGACAUCAAUAUAGCCUCGCUUUGACCGUGUUCUUCUUCACGUAUGUUGCAUUUGAGCUUCCCAGUAACUUGCUGUUGAAGAAAUUGCGGCCAUCACGAUUGCUCCCUCUUCUCAUGCUUGCCUGGGGCACUGUCAUGACUUUGAUGGGAAUUGUGCAAAACUAUCAUGGGCUUUUAGCCUGCCGUCUUUUCCUGGGAGUGGCUGAGGCUGGUCUUUAUCCGGGCAUUGCGUACUAUAUUACCCUUUGGUAUCCUCGCGACCGUGCUCAAUAUCGCCAGGCACUCUUCUUCAGUGCAGCUAGUGUGGCCGGCGCCUUCUCGGGCCUUCUAGCUUACGGUAUCGCUAAAAUGGACGGCGUCGCCGGUUAUGCUGGCUGGCGCUGGAUCUUCAUCCUUGAAGGUCUCCUGACAGUGGCAGUCGCCCUUGUCGCUCCAUUUGCUAUCCACGAUUUUCCGGAAACCGCAAAGUUCCUGAGUGAAGAUGAAAGGGAACUCAUCAUUACCAUGCUACGAAACCAGACGACUAGUGAAGGCUUCGUUACCUCCGAAGUAAUCCAAGAGGAGAGCAAGUUCCGUGCCAAAUAUGUUAUUGAUGCCCUUACUGAUUGGCAGAUUUACUUGGGUUUAUUCAUGUACUGGGGUAUCACCUGUCCUCUGUACGGCAUCUCCUUCUUCCUCCCCUCCAUUAUCAAAGAUUUGGGAUACACUUCAUCGACGGCGCAACUGCUCACAGUGCCUAUCUAUAUCACUGCCGCCAUUGUUGCUAUUGGUGCUGCGUGGCUAUCCGAUCGCAGACAACAACGAUCUCCCUUCAUUCUUUUCUUCAUGUCUCUGAUCGCCAUUGGCUUCAUUAUUGUCAUUGCCUCAUCCGGACGCGGAGUGCCAGGAGUCGUCUAUGCCGGUGUCUUUAUCGCUGUUGUUGGUAUUUAUCCUGCUUUCCCUGGUAACGUCACAUGGAUCGCAGUCAACCUCGCCGGAGACUAUAAACGAGCUGCUGGUAUGGCAGUGCACAUUGGUUUGGGUAAUAUGGCCGGAGCAAUGGCAUCCAACUUCUACCGUUCCCAGGAUGCACCCAAGUACAUUCUAGGCCACUCCUUGGAGCUCGGAUUCUGCGUGGUCGGAAUCAUCGCAGUUGUUAUCCUACGUCUGUCUUACCAGAGAAUCAAUCGCAAACGUGCCCACAUUGACGUGUCUCAAUAUGAUGCUUAUCAGAUGGCACAGAUGGGUGAUCGCUCACCCAUGUUCAGGUAUAUGUUGUAGAGUCGGGACUCUAUCUAUUUUCUUAUGAGAGGAAGUUUAAUCAUGUUGUUAAAAUGAUGUGGCAUUGAGUUAUAAUGGAGAGCAUCCAUUGAUCAAACGUAGAAUAUCUGGAAGCAGAGCAGGUU